CCGUUCAAGAUGGCGGCGGCCACUGCAUGCCGUCUCACCUCACUUUGCAGACAAUUUCAAAGCGUUGUUAAAAUAUCUUUCCCAAACAAAGCUCAAUAUUCAUCUCAUACACUGGUUAACUAUCAUUCCUGUGUACGGAGGCAAAACUACAAUCUUUUUCGAUUCAGCCGUCCUGAGCAUGCUCGCCUUCUCCACACAUCCACCAGCAGGUGGGGCCUGGAGGAGUUCUUUGACCUGCCUGAAAACUGGGGAGAGACUACAGUUAAAUCAGGUUCUCCAUGGACAGCUAAACAGCUUAGAGCAAAGAGUAAUGAAGACUUGCACAAGCUGUGGUAUGUGCUUCUAAAGGAAAAGAACAUGUUAAAUACUAUAGAACAAGAGUCGAAACGGCAGUGUGUUUCAAUGCCUAGUCCAGAACGCAUUAAGAAGGUGGAAAGAUCAAUGAAGAGACUCGACACUGUUGUGAAAGAGCGAGAAGACUCUCUCCGUUUGUUACAGACAGGACAGGAAAAAGGCAGGCCUGGAGAAUGGAGGAAAAAUGUUUUUGGCAAAACGUUCUGGUACCGUUUUAGAGAACAUCCUAUUCCCUGGAACAUGAACAAGAUCUACAAAAGGAAACGUUUCUAUACACCGUCAUUUGUCGGCCCUUACACAAGGCUAAGUCUUGAGAAACACCUGAGGAGUAAAACAAGGCGAGAAAGGAAAGAAAAACAAAAGCAGAAGCAACUGAUUGACGUUUUCCCUAAAAAGACUGCACUAGCGUGAGCUAGCCGAGGCAAAAAAUGGAAAAGUGAAUGAUGCUAAAUAUAUAAACCAAUUUCUUUGUGUGUGAA